AUGGCCGCCGCCUGCGCAGCGCCGCGCACUAAGCUCGCCACGGGCGACCGACAGCCGUCGGAGGCGCUCGGCGCCGCGGCCACGCCGCUGCGCAGCUCCCGGCUGCGGGCCGAGGCGGCCACGUUUGUGCCCGGCGCGCGGGCCGUUGCCGCCGCGCCCGCCCCGCGCCCGGAGGUGGCAUGGACCUCGUCAGGCCCUGCUGUGGUGUCCGUGCGUUCUAUGCAACACAAGGGUUGCGCUGUGGUCCUCCUUCGCAACAGGGAGGUGCUCGAGCGGAGCGUGCGGCAGAGCGUCGCGGUGAUCGACGGCGUUUGUGCGGAGGUGCGGCGGCACUCGCGGCGGCCCAGGGACGGCGAGGAGCCAGCCGGCGAGGGCGAGUCGCAGGGCGUCUUCGUCGCGUGGGGCAACCGCGUGGCUCGGAAGCUGGGCAUCAGUGACGAGGGCAUCGAGGCCUACUUCAACGGGCUAGUGGGCAAGCCUUGCCCGGAGGGGCUCGAUCCGGAAGCGCCUUUCGAGGAGUGCUUCCAGAGCUUCCCCCUCUCGUCCUCUGGGCCGCUGCCCCUGAACAUGCGCCCCGGGCACCAGGAGGCGACGAAGGAGCAGCUCCUGGAUGGCCCGCACGGCGCACCCGAGAAGGUGCGGGAGCUGUGGAGGGCCAAGGAGCGCCUGGACGCACUCUGGGCGCGUCCGCCGCCGCCGAUGGGCCGUUCGGUGAUGCAGCGGGUGGCGCGCGACCAGCUCUUCCCGCACUCCGGGGGCGCGGAGGGCAAGAACGGCGAGAACCGCGCCGGCGACAAGCUGGCCGAGUUGGCAGAAGCGACUGGCCUGCUCGCGGAUGUCCCCGUGGGCGCCGCGUUCCUGGACCUCUGCGGCGGACCUGGAGCGUGGUCGCAGUUCCUCCUGGGCCACCGCCACUUGAAGUUCCGCGGCUACGGGCUCACGCUCAGGAGCGGUGCCGGCAGCGCCAGCGACUGGAAGUCUGAAGAAAAGGACGACUGGUACGAGGAGCUGUACUCGAGGCAAGACUGGCGGGCGAUUUGGGGCAAGGACGGCACAGGCGAUUUGCUCAAGCCGGGGAACAUUGAGCACGCAGGCGCCCAGCUCUGGAAGGCUGGCGGCGUCUUCCUCUGCUUGGCCGACGGAGGCUUCAGCGACAGCGCCAUCCCAGCGAACCAGCUGGAGCUGUAUUUUUACCGCCUCCUGGUGGCAGAGCUCCUGAUGGCAAUGCGCUGCCUGCAGCCCGGAGGCCGCUUCGUGUGCAAGCUGUACAGCGCCUUCUCGCCCGCCACGGCCGCGCUCCUCUUCCUGACCACCCGCGUGUUCGACUCCGUGCGCGUGGUCAAGCCGAAGUCCUCCAGGGUUGCCGGCAUCGAGCGCUACCUCGUGGCCUCCAGGUUCCUCCCUGGUCCCGAGGAGCAGGCAGUGCGGCGUGCGUUAGAGCGCUCGCUCGCCGUGCCGGGUGGCAUCAUGGACAGGCCUUUGCUGACCCCCAUCGUCGACCCGGUGGAUCUGGCCAGGGACGACGGCUUCCUUGCACAGCUGCGCGACAUGGCGACGACCCUCUGCGAGAGGCAGACGCAGGCUAUCGACGCGAUCACGCAGAGGGCUGAGCAUCUGGAGGCCGUAGCCCUCGAGGCCCUGUCGCAUUCCGAGCUCGCCGACAACGACCCCUGCUGGGUGGAGGACCACAGCGAGCGGCGGCGUGAUGGUCGCAGGGGCGCCAGGCGCUGA